UCUAAACAAUGAAUCUUCGCAAAGACAUCCUCAACAUUUGCUUGCAUAAAAAAAACACGUCUAAACGAAGAUUUCUUUCGUUUAAAUUGCUGUUUCGUUUGGUGGUAUCACAAAAAAAUAAAUUUUCUUCAUGUAUCCAAUUCACGGUAGUCGCGUCUCCUUCAGCAACCCGCCGUCUCCUACAGCGCCGAGAGGUGACACUGUGCUCCUCUCUCUCUCUCUCUCUCCGUGCGUGUGAAGAUGUGCAGACCCAUAAAAUAUUGAAAUACUAGAGCUAGUUGCAGCGGACAAUCUGUAAGACAUCAAUUCAAUUGUGGUUAUUUAAAGAUGGUGAAGGGUUUGGUUUGGGCAACAGCAGAAGAUUUGGCAAGAAAUCGACCAGCCAUUCUCUCUCUCUACCGGCAGAUCCUUCGUUGUCUGAACUCCCCAAAGCUUCCACUAACUUUAGCAGCACGGCUAGCUAAAAAGGGAGAGGCAAGGGCCAUCUUCUUGCUCGCUUCUGAAGAGCGGUCCCUCCACAACAUUGCAGAUCUCAUGGAUGCGGGUGAGUACACAAUUUCCCUUCUUCAAAAAGGUGAAGUGCCGUGAAGAUGCACCAACUUAUGUAUUUCUAGAUUGCUGCCCAACCUGAGAAACUCAAUACUACAAGGUUUUAUUGUUCAUGCUAUAUGUUCGUUCUAUAAGAAACUCAUGGCCGUCAAACAGUUAGCCGAACCUGUAACAUUUCAAUGAGGAACUUUUGUCUAAAUGUGUACUUCGGAACUUUUGUCUAAAUGCAUAGUCGUUCUUGUA